CUUCAGUCUGGCUGAGUCGAUACGGAGAGCGCCGCGCCGCGCCGAGCAGAGCCGAGCCCAGCCGAGCCGAGCCGUGCAGGGAAGCGCCCCGUGUUUGCUUUGGGAUUUAAUCACAUCGCUGGAGCUUCUUCUUAGUCCGGAGGAUUAAAGCCCUGAGCCGACCCGGCAGGCGAGAGGAGAUCUCACUCGCGAAGGGAGAUACCCACCCCCCCAAUCCCUGUUUCUCUCUCUCUCCUUCCCUCCUUCUCCGACCUGGUCCAGGCCUCCAGCCACGCUGCAGAACCCGCAGCAUGGACGGCUUUUAUGACCAGCAGGUCCCUUUCAUGGUGCCACCCAGAAAAUGUCAUGCCGAGGAGUCGGCCUGCCGGCCACUGAGUGAGCGGAAGAGGAAGUUUGUGGACACUGAGCUUGCCCAGGACACGGAAGAGCUCUUUCAGGACCUGAGUCAGCUGCAGGAAAUAUGGAUAGCUGAAGCCCAGGUACCUGACGACGAACAGUUUGUUCCAGAUUUCCAGUCGGAUAACUUGAUGUUCCAUGGCCCUCCUCAAACUAAAGUGAAGAGGGAGACAAGCCCAAGCAGAGAGUUUUCCCCCUGUGGACAGGAGCAGAGACUCUCCCCAUAUGGAGAGAAGUGCCUUUACAACUACAGUGCCUAUGACAGGAAGCCAUUUGCAUUCAACAAGCCACUGACUUCACCGUCCACCCCUGUCUCACCUUGUGACUCCUCCCACAACGCGGUGACACACACCCUGCAGAAGAGAGUCACACCCCCAAUCCAUACUCAGACACAGGGACUGCCAGCACUGGCUGGCCACACCCACAAUCCAAGCCAAAACCAUCACAGAACACAGACCCCAGUUCACAGCCAAAGCCCACCUUUUGCAGUGCCCCACCUGCCUGUCAGUAACCAAGAUGCCUCCUACAGUGCAGAUCACAGGUUCCACAGGCAGCUUUCAGAGCCAUGUCUGCCCUUUCCACAGCCUGAUGCCCGCUGCAGGACACCCUACCCUCCACAGAGCCAGCACCCCUUCCCACGGGACAAUCGACCACCCUACCAUCGCCAAAUGUCCGACCCCCUGGUUCCAGUUCCUCCGCGAGGGUUUAAACAGGAGAUGGUGGAUCCCCGAUACCCUGAACAGAGCGGGCCUAACGUGGGAGCCCCUCGGGCCCCUUUGUUCCAGCAAAUGUCCAUCAAACAGGAGCCCAGAGACUUUGGCUUCGACUCUGAGAUACAGAACUGCCAGACAUCUUUCGGAAAGACAUCAAGCUUCUAUCGGGCCAACAGUGAAGGGUUCAUCUAUGACGGAGAGCCUCACCUGUACUAUGAUGAUGCAUGUGUGGUGCCUGAGCGGGCCGAGGGGAAGGUCAAGCAGGAAGGGACGGGGUUCCGAGAGGGGCCGCCAUACCAGCGGCGUGGGUCCCUGCAGCUUUGGCAGUUCCUGGUCACCUUGCUGGACGACCCGUCCAACAGCCACUUCAUCGCCUGGACCGGCCGUGGCCUCGAGUUCAAACUCAUUGAGCCGGAAGAGGUGGCUCGGCGCUGGGGCAUCCAGAAGAACCGGCCUGCCAUGAACUACGACAAGCUGAGCCGAUCUCUGCGCUACUACUACGAGAAGGGCAUCAUGCAGAAGGUAAAGGUGGCAGGUGAGCGCUAUGUGUAUAAGUUCGUCUGUGACCCGGAAGCUCUCUUCUCCAUGGCCUUCCCCGAUAACCAGAGGCCCAGCCUGAAAGCCGACCCAGAUGGGGUGCAGGUCCCAGAGGAUGACACCGUCCCACUGUCCCACUAUGAAGAGGCAAGCGGCGCCCCCUACCUCAGAGACGGACGCGAUCAGUGCUUGGCAGGAUUACCUUUCACCGAGAGCUACGCGUUCUGAACUGCUUUUGAAUGUGUUCGGACUCCUAAUCGCCCUCCUAGCCGCUGAGCAGGACUGACGAACACUCGCACACAUAAAAUCCCAUACAUGCCUAUUCGGGCCCGAUCCAUCAUGUUAUAAACAGUGGGAAUAUAUCACCUGCUUUUUUUCCCCCCUCCCCUUUUCUUUUCUGCACACUCGAUUCUCACCUCCUCUUGUGAUUUGAACUGGUAUCAUGAUCAUAAAAACACACAAACCACAAAUUCUCUCCUGUAAUGGACCUCUUAUUUCGUCUCGCAAGUUUUUUAAUCGAUGAAAAUAACUGAAAGGGACUCCGCAGUAUUUUUCGACAAGCUUCGGUUUUGUAUGUAUAAAUAUAUAUAAGUGUAUAUUUUAAAAGGCGGCUUUUGUGCGCUGUUUUUCUCCGCGUAGAGCCUGGCGUCUACCUUUCAGCUCUGUCCUUCUGAAAUCCUUUAUGACAAAAUGUACUGAUGCACCUCUGAUGCUUUUGAAUGCUGAAGUCUACAAGUAUCACCUUAAUAUGAACGAUUCGCAGUUUUAUUCCAGCUGUGCAAGUGUACAUGCUUUAUCACUGGCCAGAAAGAGUGCGCGGGUUCUGCUUUUGUAUUAUGAUUUUAAUGAUCCUUCUGAACAGAGAUGGGUGGGAGGGGGCAGGAAUAUUGAAAGAGUAAAAUCUAUGUAUAUUAUAUGAGUAUAUUUUUGCAAAGUCUGCAUUUAUUUUGUGUCUUUGUAUAAGCUGUAUACCAGAAUUUCAUCACUCUAAUUAAUACCUGUUCAUUUUAUACAGUGGUGAGUGACAAAGUGGAAUCUAUGGGCUUUUAUACCAACAUAUAUCUGAAGUGUAAACAUCGGGAUUUUGCAUGUCAGUUCCAGUUUCUGCAUGGAAAAAAAAGAAUUGUGCGCUCGAGUUUGUUGACAUGCAAAGCAGUUCAUAGGUUCUCUGUAACAGAACAACAUUCUUUGCAGUUGCACGGAACCAGGUGACGGUCCUGCAACCUUCAGCAACAAGUUUUGACCUGUGAAGACCCUCGGGCAGCUUGAAUUUUGGAACUUGUGAGCUGUUUCGCUCUUUUUAGUCAUUCGGCUUUCUAUAGCAACCGAUCACAAGCUUGUCCGAGCACAUAAAUCUGAUCAAGCUGCAGGAAAAACGGACAAAUUCUAAACUUUUACAGUUGCUGUCUAAAAGUAGCCCAGUGUUGGGUUUGUGCUCAAGGCCUUUGUUACAAAGAACCCAGUAACUUGUUUUAGGGUGGGUCUGCCUUUUAAUCGCAAUGGUCGGACUUACUGUAAGGGGAACCGAUCUCUGUUCAGCAGUGAGAAGGACAUGGCCCCCUGUAACGAGCUUCACGGGUAACUUGGGUGUCCCUACCUCCACUAUUGAGCUUUUUAAUCUGUUCUGGAUACAAUAAACUCAUUUCUGCUUCA